AUUCAGCCAUUGAAAUCACAACAAGGAAUUCUCUACAGGAAGAAGGAAGGAAGAAGAAGAAGGAAAGAAGUGAUAUAUAUAUAGAGAGAGAGAGAGAGAUCGCCGGCGUUUAGUUGUUUUCCGGCGAGCUACGGAAAUGCCAAGCGUUGCUGUGAAGCUUUACAGCGUCUUCUUCAAGUUUCUUCUUAAGCAUCGUUUGCAGAAUCGGAUCCAAGACCCUAACGAUCAGACUAAGGAUCCAUUCGGUGUUACUUCUCGGCCAGAGGAAUCAAUCGCCGCCGCAAAUCCUUCCUUCACCGAUGGAGUCGCCACUAAGGACAUUCACAUCGAUGCCCUCACUUCUCUUUCCGUUCGUAUAUUUCUUCCAGAUACGUGUUUAACCUCACCCGACUCUGAUUCUAAGUCCCAAUCUAGGGUUAGGUCUAUGACGAAACACUCCGACCCUUAUCCAGGAUCUAUUCUUACCGAUCCGAAUCAAGCAUUUAUCCGUCGUAAUAGCUUCGGUUCCCCUCCUCCGAAUACGACGACGGGUAAUGGAUUGGCAACUGGAGAAAAUCAUAGAAGGAAUAGCUACGCUAUUGGUGCUGAUGAUUCUAAUAAAUUGGAUAGUGGCGUAUAUAGAGGAUAUGCUCCAUCUGUUUCUAACUGCCGUAAACUACCGGUGAUAUUGCAAUUUCACGGCGGAGGGUUUGUCAGUGGGAGUUGCGAUUCUGUGGCGAAUGAUUUCUUCUGUCGAAGGAUUUCCAAGUUGUGCGAUGUCAUUGUCCUAGCGGUUGGUUAUAGACUUGCUCCGGAGAAUCGGUAUCCUGCUGCAUUUGAAGAUGGGUUAAAGGUGUUGCAUUGGCUGGCAAAGCAGGCUAAUCUAGCGGAAUGCAGUAAGUCUUUGGGAAGUGUGCGUGGUGGCGGAGUGGAAUUGAAAAAGGCUGAUUUUCAUCGGCAUAUUGCUGAUGCAUUCGGGGCAUCAAUGGUGGAACCUUGGUUGGCUGCCCAUGGAGAUCCCUCCAGGUGUGUUCUUCUCGGGGUUAGCUGUGGUGCCAAUAUAGCCGACUACGUGGCUCGUCAAUCCAUUGCAGGAGGGAAGGUCCUAGAUCCAGUGAAAGUGGUUGCUCAAGUGUUAAUGUAUCCAUUCUUUAUCGGAAGUGUUCAAACUCACUCAGAAAUAAAGCUAGCCAAUUCAUACUUCUACGACAAGGCCAUGUGUUUACUAGCUUGGAAACUCUUUCUACCCGAGAAUGAAUUUAGCUUAGACCAUCCAGCCGCGAACCCUCUUGUAGCUGACAGAGGACCACCACCAUUGAAGCUCAUGCCGCCUACACUAACAAUUGUGGCAGAACUCGACUGGAUGAGAGAUAGGGCAAUAGCAUACUCAGAAGAACUGAGGAAGAUGAAUGUUGAUGCACCUGUUUUAGAGUAUAAGGAUGCGGUUCAUGAAUUUGCUACACUUGAUAUGCUUCUUAAGACUCCUCAGGCUCAGGCUUGUGCGGAGGAUAUUGCUAUUUGGGUUAAAAAGUAUAUUUCACUUCGAGGCCAUGAAUUCUCUUAUUGAGUUAAAGAGUUUGUUUGCCUUUUACUUAUUGGUUUACACUUGCACUAUUUUUGUACUAUGAAUUGUAUUAGCUAUAGAUUAACCAACCAAAUCUCAAUCAUCCUCAUGCGAUGUUGUUCUUUUUUCAUUUUUAUUGGUUUACACCUGCACUAUUUUUGUACUAUGAAUUGUAUUAGCUAUAGAUUAACCAAAUCUUGUUCAUC